AUGGUGGAGGUGAGGAGCAUGAACGCCGAAGCGACAGGUCAUGACGAUGAGAGUUUCUUCGAUUCCGAUCAACAUGACGGUGGUGGAAACUCGACGGAAUUGAAUCGGAAGAUCGGAGAGCUCGAGUCUCGAAAUCAUGAGCUGGUUCGUGAUAACGGUGAAAUCAGUCGGAAAAUCCAGAGCUUGACGGUGGAGAUCGAGGAGUUAAGAGGAGGCGAAUCUAAGGCGAAGCGUAAGAUGGGUGAGAUGGAGCGAGAGAUUGAUAAAUCCUAUGAGGAGAGGAAGGUUUUGGAAGCCAUAGCCGCGAGGGCAUCUGAGCUCGAGACCGAAGUUGCACGGCUGAAUCAAGAACUGGUAACGGCGGUGACGGAAGGGGAAGAGGCUACGACGGAGGCGAAGAAGCUAUGGUCUAAGAUUUCACAUAAAGGAGAUGGGGUCACUGAAAAAGCUUUGGUCUCUGUUCUUCACCAUUCACUUUCUCUUCUUUGUGUUUUUUUCUUGAACAGGCUUAUAAUAAGCCAUUCUUCUUUCUUUCUGUUUGUAUUGCUGCCAAAUUUGGAUCAAUGUAUUGCCUCAUCUUUUCUGUUUAUAUCCAAUUUCUAA